CGGACUUUCUCUUCUAUUAGGAAUUUUAUCAUUCUGGCUGAUUUUUAAGAUCCGAAUUCCUCUCAUAACUGUGUAUAUAUACACCCAGCUGAUCGUCUUUUGCAUCUCCAAUUGUAUUCCCGGCUUGUAAAAGAUUGAUGAAAAAAAAAAAACCUGUAACCAUAAAGCUGAUCGAAAUCCCUGAAGCCAUAAAGCAAUAGGUGAAUUUCCUUUUCCAUUCUUUCUCUAUACAGUUGUUUUCUUUUAUAGUACUGCAGGUGAUAUGUGGCGUCGUUUGCUGGAGGGAGAAGAGUGGCUGGUUGUUGAUGCCGUUCGUUGCUCUUGGGAGAAGAACUCAAUCGAUCACUGUCGCUGUAGCUAUCGGAAACUGGUGUCGCUACUUCGCUGGCUUGCUGACUUUCUGGUCAUUUCGCACUUUCUCCAAGAAGAAUACGUUUGGAAGUUCUGGAGUGCAAGGAGUUGGCCGCCGAUGCUUUCAUGCCUCUGCCGAUUUGGUUGCUAAUUGCUGGUGCGAAGAAGAUGCGAGAGGUGAUUCCUACCGAGAAGAGGACUGCGGCCAGAAUCUUCCAAAGUUGUGGCGACUUGCUUUUGUUCUGUCCGCCGGUGCAGAGAAAAAAAAUGAAACCAGUUCUUGAGAUAAAGCUGGAUCGCUGAUUGAGCUCCGAGUUUUUGACGAUGAGCAGAGUAGAAUCACUCCAAAGUUGCUGCUGCCCUUGGCGUGAAUGAUCAGAUGACGGCACGUACUUGUUGGCAGGACUUUCCCUGCUACUUGGGCCUUUUUGAGAUUUGGAUCUUCUUUUUUUUUUUUUUUACUCGUAUUAAUAAUAAUAUAAUACUUGGAGCUAUUUUUAUCACAACGCUGGAUUUUAUUGAUGCCGCAGUUCAAAGAUGAUCCAAGAAGGUUAAAGCAGAGCGGGAAAUUUGUCGCUCUCCAGAAGCAGGUAAUCGGAUGUCUACGCUAGUUGAUACCAUCAAGACUUUGAAGAAGCUACUGUCCUACUCGUUCUGAUUUGCCGUCGCCAUUCGAUAGCCAAGAAGAAGUUCAAUUGAUUACAGCGAGGAAGAUGAGAAGGUGCCAAUUCGUUUAAAGAAGAAGACAAUGAAGGAUUCCAUUUGAUGGAUAGCCUACCCGGGGGUAUCUUAUCCGAAGGGUUAUUGCGGAAAUAACUAGAGAGAAGUCAGAGCAAAUAGGAGGAGAGAGAGUCGAUUUUAUUAAAUGAACUCGAGAUGUGGAGCUGAGAUGUAGAUUGUGUCCAUUACAAGGAGAAAUGGGCUGCUAUUUAUAGCAGCAAUAAAUGCGAUGAGAGGACACGUGUCAGUAAUCCAACGGCCGAAGGGUCACAUCAGCCUGGUGGCACCGGCAGUGGUACGUCAACCGCAUUGAAUGCGGUUGGCGGAUGUGACGUGGCAUUAAAUGCGGUGGUUGGCUGUCUCUAAAAGGAAUCUUCGAUGAUUGAGCUUGUUCAGCCGAAGGCUCUUCGUGUGGUCGAGGGCUCCCCAUGUAACCGAGGGCUCAUUGUGUAGCCGAGGGCUUCUUGUGUGGCCGAAGGCUUGGUUCAGCCGAAGGCUUACCCCUGGUGCCGAGGGCAUGAGAAUGCCGAAGGCUUAUGUCUCCGCCCGUUUUUCUCCCAGCAGCUUCUUAUGCCAGAGAGGGCUAUCCUGUGAGUUUUGAAGCCUUCGGCCAAGGAGGCCGAAGGCACCCCAGUGUGUAUCCUGGGCCACUUUGAGGCUUGGGCCGUUGUUUUUGGGCCUGAGUUGUUUCCUGAGCUCAGUGGACUAGUGUAGGAGAAAUAGGAGUCUAUGGGCCGGGGGUUCCUGGGCCAUAUACUCCAUCAGGAGUCCCUCACUCCUUUUGCCGAAAGGUACUUGAGGGAAAAGGAGUAGAUGCGUUGAUUCUUCUGGGGGCCUCAUCACUUCGCUGGGUGCCUUUGCUGAAGAACUUUGUCUACUGCUGAUUGCCGGAGGCUUCCCUCAGUCCCUCACAUGUCGAGGGUUUUCUGAGGGAAGUAUAACACCUGUAUGAUCGUAGGAGGCUUUCUUCAGUCCCUCACAUGUCGAGGGUUUUCUGGGGAAAGUAUAACACCUGUAUGACUGCAGAAGGCUUUCCUCAGUCCCUCACAUGUCGAGGGUUUUCUGGGGAAAGCAUAGGUGUAUUGCCUGCGUGUGUUGUGGUGAGGGCUGCUUUAUUUCCGCAAGUGACUUGUAGAAAACUUGUGAUAUCCUGCCUCUGCUGAAGGGGUUUCACUUUGAUGUUUGUCCGGAGGCUGCAUGCG